AUCUAGUGCACCGGUUGGGGGCUACCCGGUUGGCCACGGUACCAACUCGACCAUGCCUCCUCCACCGUAUUCGACGUCCUUCAUGCCUUCGGGACCAAACACGGGCUCUCAUACUCUGUCUUGGGGACCACACAACGGCCAUCCUGUCAUGUCUGGCAGUGGACAUGCAUCAUCCGCGUCUUAUGCGAGCUCCUAUGGAACUCCCACCACGCACAUGGCUGGAGCAAUACCGAGCCCUCCACCUGGAGCGCAAUUUCCCCCGACUCCACCAGUCGGGAAAUUCAGAGUCACUGAGGCUCGACCAAAAUCUCCGUGAGGCACGUCCCUGUGAUAUCUCUACGACAGCACACAAUGCGGUUCGGGUCGAUUCAACGAAUAAGGUGUAUAAAUAGCGAUGGGUACAGGAAAGCAACAUUCUUCUUCGGCACCACCAACUGGACUACCCAAUGUCCUUGGCGCUGGAACAAAGCUUCAUUGGAGCAGCACGUUGAAAUAUCUCAAUAAUAGCAGUGUCAGGCUCUGGUUCAAUGAACUUGGUGGGUAUGAGCAACGGGCACUCGGUCAGCUAAAGAGCAAUAUUCUUCUUCAGUUCCGCCAACCGGACUACUCAAGGUCCCUAGCACUCGACAACAAUUUUCGCUAGAGCUGCACGUUGAGAUAUCAACAAAGCACAAGCAGGGUCUGAUUCAAUGGAUUUGUGUAUAAGUAGC